AUGCCUCAUUCAUCUACACGCCAAGAACUCCUUGAUAUCGUUGAUCAGGCCACACUUUUGUUGGCCAAGCUACAGUACCAGGACAUCCUGGACGAUUGGUCUGACCUUGAGAGCGAUUCUGACUCUGACUCUGAGGAUUUGCUUUCUAGCACCUCGGAUGAUGAUGAUACCAUCAGUCUAUCCUUUAGCUCCUCAUCCCCCCCCUCCCCCCUCUCCCCUAUGACAGGGAUAUCCAAUUUUUCCAGUGAUGAUUCUGUACUGCCUUACGACAGGCUCCAGGACACGAUUGAUGCACUUCGUGAUGAGGUUAAAAGGGCUUGUGUACUCCACAAGCACAACGAGCCUCCUCCAUGA